AUGCCUGGCGCGGAUAUCCUACCGUCUGGGCUGCAGCGCAUCACAGAGACCUUUGAGCAGCUGGGUCUCACACCCGACGUCCCCUCCGAUAACGAAGAUACAGAGAGCGAGGACGAAGGAUGCUCGAGCGAUGAGGAAGGUCGAAGGCGUCGACCCAAAGCCAACAACACCAUAAGACCAUCCUCGACGAUUUCGACGCUCGAUACCGCUGUCAAGAUUGUACCCCUGAACCCAACCUAUGCGCCGAGAGAAGUAUGCCGCGACCCUGAAGCUCACAACACUCGGAUGACGCUAGUCCACGAGCACGGUAUCAUCCUCAACGCGAUGCUGCUGCGCCAUGGGUUAUACCCUGGCACCUGGGGCGAUUGGCCCCGAACCGCGUUCACGCUGACGGUGAUGGAGGUCUUCGAAGCCCAUCUGCUACAAGCGCAAAGUAGCGUCCACGACCUGUAUCUCAUACUCAGACGCAUGACGGAUCGAUUCAUACCUGGGUCGGUGCAGAAUCGAGAACGGGAGAUUCUACAAGCGACCCGCGAGUAUGCCUACCUGAUGCUCUGUCUGCGUCACGCCCACCGUCCUGGGUGUCCCUUCAAACACAACGCCUUGGUGACCCUCUGCCCGGCCUGCCCACACCCGGGCAAGAACAUGCGCCCAGACUGGGAAUGGAGAGAUGCUCUGUUUAGCUUUCUGGACGAGUGGUUCAUCGAGUUCGACGGAAACUUCAGGCAAUUCUUACGACCAAAGACGAGUGACCCCCUAGACCUUGCGUACGCCGCCCUCAGCUCCUACUUCGCCAACUCUGAAGACGUCGCCAAACACCUGGAGAUGGUUGGAGACAAGGACAAGGAGCCCAGCGACUGCAACAACUUCAAGGCCAGCGGGCACACUGGACACGUCGGCUCCGUGACGGGCCUGAUCGCAGGCGUGUGCAGACAUGGAUUCGUUGCUGGCGGCAGCAUGAUUAACUUGAACAAAGGCGAACGCCUUUCCGCACGCUCAAAAGGUUCAAGAUCUGGUACGACGUGGGAUCGACCCCCGGACACCGGUGACGAUGAGGAUGAGAAAUACUAUCCCGCACUCGAGGUUUCCAUCGGAGACUUUCACAUCAAGGCGCACAAGGAGGAAUGCCAAACCGUGUACAACUCCAUGACCCAUCGAGGUACCGCCCGAGUGGGAGGGGAGGAGACCGAGCAGUGCUGGGCGGAGCUCGACCCGACAUCAGAGCGCACGCAAGAGAUGGGUCCAGGCAAUCGAGAAGACACCCUCACGUUCGCUGUCGACAAUCGCAAUCAGACGAAGAUGUACAACAUCAACAGCGACAUUAAAAAGCGUCACGACAAGGCACUCGAUCGUCGGAAGAAGCACCAGAACUUCAUGCGAAGUCUAGAGUCCACUAUACCCGACGAUCUCUUGGGCACUUGGGAAACGGAGAUGGAAGCAUGGCUAGAUACGAUCGCCGACCCAACGGAAGACGACGAUCUUGCCUGCCUCAAUCCAUUUGUGCUCCAUGUCGAUGAAGAUAUGUCUUUCUCCGAGCCACAGCUGCCUCCGCUGAGUGCUCAUGGCCACACGGACCACACCCGAACCAUCGGAAACGUCGCAGCUAUGGUGCAAGCGGUCAACCUGUGGGAAGAUGGGCACGAAAUUCAGGUGGAACUUAGACGUGUCGAUAGGAUCAAGGGCGCGGAGAAGGACCGUCAACGACGGCUCGUCACCCAACGAAUGAAGGCGUUCCGUGAGGAGGUCCUAAGCUGCAAAGAGACUUACGACCGUCACAUAGGGCGACAUAUCGCCUCCGCCAUCGGCGUCUACCAAUCCUCGGCACGAAACAUGCCCCGAGACUUCCCAAGAUACGACUCCUUUGAAGACAUACCUCACACCACGGAGAAGGAUCAAAUGGAAGACCAACGCGCGAACAACCUCAUCCUGGAUGGGACCUUGCGAGAAUGGGCCGAAGAGGUGAGACUGAUCGACGUCUUGCUCCCCUCUAUGCUCCACAAGGACGUUCGGGAACGAAAGGCACUCUCUCCUUUCGUACGCCUGGAGACUCAGCUCCGAGAACAGAUGGUGCAAGAUGCCCUGGACAACGUGCGACGCUCCAUUGUCCUUACGACCUCCGUAUCCGAUCUCCGGGAGAAGACGGAAGCUGGUGCCAAAGCCCCUCCCCCUUCUCGUCACGCCAAACGCAAGCCUCGCUCCGAGCCGAUCAAACUCCAUGAGGCGACCAUCUCAGCAAGAGCGGAGUACCACCGCCUACGUACAAUUCUACUUCGCCUGUCUGCCAAAGACAUCCCACCGCGCUUGCGAGACUCCGACCUCAAGCACUUCACCGUGCUCCACAGCCAGAGGAAUGCAGGCGACACCCAACGAGUGCCACACUGGAUCUGGUCCUCCGCAAAGUGGGUGGAGAAUAUAUCCGACAAGGACCAGAAGCGAUUCGCACUGGCUAAACUGAAGGUAUUGUGGUUCCGCACGAAGGCGGCUACGGCGCGAUGGGAGGAGGAGGUGUAUCUCUGCUCUGAGGAGAUGUACCGAAUCCUGGGAAUGUGGACGUACGAAAAAACACGCUGGGGAGAGAUGGCAAACCAGCUGCAUUUGGACGUCAACAGCGGCGAGGCGGUGUACUACAGGGGACGAAGUCUGCAAUACGAGAGAUUGCGUGCCGCCGCAGAGGGCUUGUUCCCGCGAUCCAUCGCCAAGGUAAGGGAUACAUUGUGGAAUGGGGAUGCCUCUGGCACGCCCGAAACGAUCGAGACGUCUCUGAGGGGACAUUCUCCGCCCAUCCUGAGCGUCUUUGGCACGGUUAUGGUCAGUCCAACAUCUCUCAACCCCAAGCGCCCCACGUUUCCUGCCAAACGGCAGGAGCCUCGCCCCGAGUGUUCUGCCCUGGACCCCGGCGGCCAGCCCGUGCUGCUGAUAGCGCGCCCGUGCGAGUGUAGCCCAGAGCGUUCUGCCUUGGACCUCGGUGGCUCGCACGGUGAGGGACCAACGCCCAGAAACGGGCCAAAGUACGGUGCUUAUGCAGUGGAUUCCGGGGUCGCCUGUAUGGCGAGCGUGUAUAGGCUUGAGGACGGACUUUACGAUGCAAUAGAGAGCGAGGAAAUACUCCAUGACGCCGACGACGACAGAACGGCAGAGGACGAACUGGUGAGCGCACUAAAUCGCAAGAUGCGCAUGAAGGUAGCCCCGGAUAUCGGGGGUGUGGAUAUCCCAGCGCAUUUCACCCCCACGAUCUCGCCUACAGACGAUGGUGGCGUUGCGCCCGGUGCCCUUUCGGCGUCGAACGUUUCAUCGGAGGCAGAAGUAAAGUCCCGUCCCUUCAGUACGAGCGACACUAUCCCGUCAAAGGACGUUCCAUGGGCAGAGGUCAUGACUCGUCCCUUCAACAUGGGUGAUUUCGUCCCGUCGAAAGCGAACGCCGCCGCAAAAGCACGCACGCGCAAGCGUCAAGCGAACGUCAAGCAUAAGUUGCAAGCCGCGCUCGAUGGCGCGCUGGACGAUCCCACGGCGAGGGCGGAUAUUUUGUUACCGCGUGUCCCAGGCGGCCCGAGUUUUCUCGAACGUCAUCUCGGCAGCGGGGAGACGGUUAUCGAGGGUUUUGUGACCGCCGACAUGAAGGUGGACGAGUUUGCGUAUCAGGGCGUUGACCGAAAGAGGGUGGAUAAGUCUGACACGACGUCGAAGAGAUCUGAUCCACAGGGUGUGGAUCCUAACCACGUCGUACCACCUACUCGGCCGCCCACGAUGGAGUAUCUGAGGCAGCUGAAGUAUUCAUACCUCAAGUGGGACGGGAAGUCGGAGCUCCAUGUUCUCGAUAAGGACGGGAGAAUUCUGAUAGCGCUGGUUCCCCCUCCUGUCGAGCCCCCUGACCGCCACGAUGGGGACACGUUUGUGGAGGCGGUUACUAAGGUCGCUGCUCUAUUCGAAGAUCUCCGGCAGGGGCAUGCUGAGCAGAUCAAGGCUAUGGGAUGCGCGAUACCCCCUCCGAGACGGGGACAGUUUGGCGCUGUCACAAUGGGUCUCACCAUGGGGAACGGCACGACGAAACCGUGCCGUCUUGGCUCGCGCUUUCGUGGGUGGGAGAAGGACGUAGAGAAGCAAGUUUUAUGUUCGCCGAGUGUGUACCGCGUGGCGAAGUGGCAAGAUCAAGCACUUUGUCAUAACUUCCCGCUCGCAUACGGGCACCUCCAUGACGUCAUGCGCCAAUUUUACACUGAGAAACCCUCUCUCAAGCCUAAUUUCGCUGGCGCGAGCUUGUAUCCAGCCUGCACCGCCAAUCUAGGCCCUCACACGCUUUCACAGAAUGACGUGACCAACGAUAAAAGGCGAUUCUCUUUCACCCAGUUCGUCCCUGGCGGCAUCGUCAGGUAUGUCCAAGCAGGAUUUAAGAUGGUCGGCUCCUUCAAGGGUAAGAGGCGCGUAGCUAUGGAGGGCGGGUACAAAGGGGCUCGGCGUGACGAGCAGCUCGCCCGCCUUUCCACUCAGGAGUCGCUGAGCCGAGAUAGGGCGUCGUUGCAGAAGAGCCACAUUCAUGAAUAUAAUAUCCGAGGUGCAGGCGUCCAAGCCAUGGAGGAAUGGGAACUUGGUGGCGUGGUAAACGUCGAGGAGGGGCUGUGGAGUGGAGCCUGCGAGGAGACCAAGUUCCCUCGCCAUUCUUUUGCCCUUGUGUGCAAGACCCUUGAGGACUCUGAGUUGGGUGUCGUCGGGGAGGUAGAGGGAGUCUCCAGCGUAGUAUCGAACUAUGUAACGAGCAGCUUCGUGACGCCGCAGCAAACCGUGGACAUGGAAGAAAUAGAUGGUGUAGUAAACCUUCGCCGCACAUAUAUCACCCGAAAGGGCGGUAAGACGGAGAUGAUGGGCGGCGUUGAGGGUGGAAAUGCAAGUAAUAUCCCACAUGCCGAAGGUCACGAGAUGUUCGACGAGGAAGGCGUUGUGACGCCUCGCGAACGCGAGAGCGAUGUGCAGCUCCAGCAUGAUGUCCUGGUACUCACGUCCUCAUCCUGGCCAACCAUGGUGACGUCCUUGUCGUUGAGGGAGGCAAGCAGUAUGAAUCAUCCUGCACGUGCGAUCGGCGGCCGGCCCCUAGAGCAUACGUUCAAAAUGAUUACUACCCAUAACUACGGCCCCUGGGAUCCACGAGGCAUAAAGGACGCGUCGAUGACGUCGCCCUUGGAAUCACACGGGAUGAUGGGAAGUGUUUGUCGGAAGUGGCCAGAAAUCGCGUCCCGGGGCCUAAGUGACCCCACUCCUCCCCCGACCGCGCACCGCCUCGUCAAACGCGACCAUCGUGGUGCCUUCGAGCUACCCAGGGAGGAUUCUCACCCGCACGACAGCGCGGGGACCGACGGGCAUCACGCUCAACAGCCUCGAUUCCCAAGCGCGCACGUGUAUAUUUCGGAUGGGAUCAGUCUGUGGAUCGUCAACCACUUGAACCGCUAA